GAGGUGGCGGCUGCGUCAGAGCUCCGGCAGCCCCCCUAUAAAAGCCGAGGCGUCUGCAGCAGAAGGGCAGAGCUGAGCAGUGCUCCUGGAGGAACAACCAGAAGCAAGAGGCCGAGAGAAGAGAAGAGAUCCCGAGCUCCACACCAGCACAGCACAGCACAGCAGCAACACAACCCCCCCCCAACCGCCACCAUGAGUUUCGACCCCUACUUCUCCUCCUCUUACAAGAGGUGGUACACCGAGAGCAGCCCGCGCCCAGCCCAGAGGACGCGCUCCUCCACCCGAGUGAUGUACUCCACCCACGGCGGCCCCACCGCCCUCUCCUCCUCCUCCGCCGGCUCCCGUCACCACCACCACUACAUGUCCCCCAGCCGCAUCUCCUCCCACCUGAUGUCCUCCGGCCCCAUGGACCUGGACCUGAGCCAGGCCACCAACAUCAGCUCCGAGUUCCGCGUGGUGCGCACGCAGGAGAAGGCCCAGCUGCAGGAGCUCAACGACCGCUUCGCCGGCUUCAUUGAGCGCGUGCACGAGCUGGAGCAGCAGAACCGCACGCUGGAGGCCGAGCUGAUGCUCCUGCGCCAGAGGCACGCCGAGCCCUCGCGCCUGCGCUCCCUCUACGAGCAGGAGGUGCGCCGUCUGCGCGAUGCCGCCGAGGAGGCCCGGCUGGAGCGUCAGGCUGCCCUGUCGGCCCGCGAGCACGCCGAGGAGGCGCUGCAGAACCUGCAGGCCCACUACGAGCAGGAGGCGGCGGGCCGCGAGGAGGCCGAGGGCAAGCUGCUGGAGGCCCGCAAGGGAGCGGACGAGGCCGCCCUGCAGAGGGCCGAGCUGGAGAAGCAGGUGGAGACCCUGGUGGACGAGCUGGCCUUCCUGAAGCGCCUCCACGAGGGCGAGGUGAGCGAGCUCCAGGUGCAGGUGCAGUACGGCGCCCAGAUGGCCGUGGAGACGGAACAGGCCAAGCCGGACCUGUCGAGCGCGCUGCGGGACAUCCGGGCGCAGUACGAGCGGCUGGCGGCGCGCAACAUGCAGGCGGCCGAGGAGUGGUUCCGCAGCAAGGUGGGCUCGCUGACCGAGACGGUGGCGCAGCACAGCGACGCCGUGCGCAGCUCCAAGGACGAGGCCGGCGAGUACCGGCGGCAGCUGCAGGCCCGCAUCCUGGAGAUCGACGCAUGCCGCGGCCUCAACGAGUCGCUGGAGAAGCAGCUGCAUGAGAUGGAGGACAAGCAGAGCGGCGAGAUUGGCGCCAUGCAGGACACAAUAGGGCAGCUGGAGGAUGAGCUGAGGGCCACUAAGGGCGAGAUGGCUCGCUACCUAAAAGAAUACCAGGACCUCCUCAAUGUCAAAAUGGCUCUCGACAUUGAGAUUGCAGCAUACAGAAAACUCCUGGAGGGGGAGGAGUCUCGCUUCAACGUGGGCAUGUCGGUGUCCAGCGUGUACUCCCACAGCCUGUCGGCCGGACCCGUCUUCUCUCGGCCUCUCUUCUCCAGCCUGAGCUCUGGCGCCCCCUACCUGCUCAGCUCUCGCCUCGUCAGCUCCUCCUACUCCUCCGCCGACGAGGUCAUCGCCGCCGCCCAAGCCGCCCGGGCCGAGGCCUGCCCCGCCAAGGAGGAGGAGGAAGAGGAGGCAGAGGAGGAGGAAGAGAAGGAAGAGGAGGAAGAGAAGGAGGAGGAAGGAGGAGAUGAGGAAGAGAAGGAGGAAGAAGAGGAGGGAGGAGAUGAUGAGGAGAAGGGAGAGGAGGAUGAAGAAGAGAAAGGAGAAGGAGAAGGAGAGGCAGAAGGAGAGGAAGCUGAAGGAGAGGCCGAGGCUGAAGCAGAAGCAGAAGCAGAAGCUGAGGCUGAAGGAGGCGACGAUGCUGAGGAAAAGAAGGAUGAAGAUGCUGGAGAGGAGGAAGAGGAGGCAAAAGAGGGAGAAAAAGAAGCCGCAGAGGAGGAAGGAGACGCUAAGGAAAGCGUAGAGGAGAAGGGGGAAGUGGAAGGAGAGGAAGCGGAAGAGAGCACUGACGCCAAGGAGGAGGAGAAAGAGGAGGAGGCCGCCGAGGCAGAGGAGGAGCAGAAAGAGGAGCCUGCCAAGAAGGAGAAAGGAGAGAAGAAGGAAGCUGCCAAAGAGGAAGUGAAGGAGACGAAAGCCGAGCCAAAAGAGGAGAAGAAAGCCGAGGUGAAGGAAGAGAAGCCAAAAGAGGACAAGAAGAAGGCUGAUGACAAGGCGGAAAGCAAGCCAGCCGCCAAGGACGAGGGCGAGAAGGCCAAACCGGCCCCCAAAGAAGCCCCCAAACAGGAGGAGAAGAAGAAGGAGGAAGCCGUGAAAAAGGAGGAGAAAGAAAAGAAGGAUGAGAAGAAGGAUGAGAAGAAGGACGAGGGCGACAAAGCCAAGGCCAAGAAGUGAAGCGAGGCACAGAUCGCUGACCACUUCCAACCCUGACUACACAUAACGUUAAUAAACCAGUUUCUGUAUACCUGACAAACGAGUUGAGGAACAACAUGUAAAACCUCUGCAAAUGUGCUUGCAAUUCUGGUGCUUCAAAACCAACACAAUAGCCUAUUUUUCAGUGCAGUUCUGUAUAUCAAGGCACAGUCAAGUACGUACAAUAAGGUCAACAGCAGAUCACAAUGUGAGUGUUAGAUCCUGUAUUUUUCUGGGCCCAAAAGCUGGCCCUUUGAGUUUAUGACACACAUGAUUGUGAACCAGCUCUACAGAAACAGAACCUGUCUUCAGAAUGCUACACACAAUAUGACUGCUCAUGCAAUAAAAUCAUACCUGAACA